GUUGUGUUUGUAAUUCAUGUAUUCAAAUAAUACACUUAUUGUGAAUAAAUGUUUGCUUACUUAUUACUAUUACUAUAUUAGUGAAAAAUAUUAUUCCCAACUGUGACAACCUCCAGAAUAUGGCCAGGAUAACUCAUGCGAUAUUUGACAUGGGUGGUACUCUAGUGGACAUGGAUCUUAUAGCUGAUCUAUUGAGUGAUUGGGCUAAAAGUAACGGCAAACACACGACUGAUGACAUUAAAAGCUAUAUCCGUGAAAUGGAUUCAUUGAAAGACUUAUUUUACAAAUUCUUUGAUUCAAUACAUGUAUACUCGGAUUCCGUGCGAAACGAUUGCAUCAAACAAUUACUUCGACUCAUACUAUAUAAGGGCCUAAAACUGAGUGCCGGCGCCGACCGACUGGUCAAACACCUGCACUACAACGACAUACCCAUGGCUAUCGUGAGCAGUGGCUACCGGCGCGAGUUUGACCUCUUCGGGCAAAAGUUUGGCACAUAUUUCGACAAAUUCUUCGCACAUUCAGUCUGCGGAUCGGAUGAUCCGGAAGUCAUAUUCAAUAAACCGAAACCCGAUCUCUAUAUGGUUUGCGCCAAACGGUUCCCAAAACCACCUAAAAGUAUGGCUAAUGUCGUGGUGUUUGAGGACUCCCUGUCCGGUAUAUCCGGUGCCGUGGGCGCCGGUAUGCAAACGGUGCUCAUUAAUGAUAGAAAAUAUGGAGAUUUUCAGUCCAUUUCAGAGAGGAUUACAUUAAUUAUCGAC